AUGUCUUCCUAUACCGAGUCCUGCGGACCCUGCGCGGUGAGCCGCCCUCAGCCAAUUGCCGAGAGCUACAACGAGCCGUGCGUGCAGCAGUGCCCCGACUCCAGAGCAGUGAUCUUCCCACCACCGGCUGUGGUGACAGUGCCGGGCCCCGUGUUCAGCUCUUUCCCUCAGGACAGCGUUGUGGGAUCCCGGGGCCCAGCUGGGAUCGGGAGCCCCUUCAGCUCCUUUGGCUCGGGGGGCUCCCUGGGCUACGGGGGCUCCUUUGGCUCAGGGAGCUCCCUGGGCUAUGGGGGAUCCCUGGGGAGCUCCCUGGGCUCAGGAGGCUCCCUGGGCUAUGGAAGCUCCCUGGGCUUGGGAGGCUCCUGGGGUUAUGGAAGGUCUCUGGGCUCUGGAAGCUCACUCGGUUAUGGCAGUUCCCAGGGUUAUAGGGGAACGCAGGGCUGUGGGAGCUCCUGGGGCUACGGAGGCUCCCCAGGCUAUGGGGGCUCCUGGGGCUAUGGGAGCUCCCAGGGUUACGGAGGCUGCUUGGGCUUUGGGGGCCAGUACGGCUCCCUGGGCUUUGGCAGUGGCAGGAGGUCAUAUGGCUCUGGCCUCUCCUCCUGCGGCACGGGCUAUUACCGUCCCUGCUCCCAAAGCUGGGGCAGGUCCCGUCGUGGGAGCUGCGGGUCUUUCUAA